AUGCAGUUGUCACUUGCCCUUGUGGCUGCUGCCCUCAGUCAGGCGGUCGUGACGACGGCAUCCUCCCUUACUCCUCCGGUACUGCCGUUGAUUGUUCGGAACCCAUACCUCAGCACAUGGCUGGGAAAUGCCCGGGACACACCUUGGUCCAAAUGGCCGAUGUUCUAUACCGGAGAGGAAGUAGGCCUCUCAGUGAUGGCCCAGGUCCCAAGUCAGGGUUCGGUUUAUCCCCUGGUGGGCAAACCUCAAGAUUCCCUGCAAUCAAAGAAGAACUAUAAAGUAGAAUACCCUGAGUAUCUCGGACAUAACUAUGACGCUUCCACUACCAACUUAACCUACCGUAUUGAAACCGAAGCCUCUCUACCUCUCGAUAUUACAGUUUCUUUCCUGUCUCCCAUCACGCCGACAUCGACUCUGCGGCAGUCCAUUCCGGCUUCCUACAUCACGGUAGAUGUAAAGGGCGAUGUAGACGUGAAUAUCUACAUAGAUAUUGAUGGACGCUGGGCACCAAGAAAAAGAAGCCUAGUCUUCAGAGAUGGCAGAUCCGGGAGAGAGAAUGAGCUGUUGCUAUCUGAGAUUCGCGAUCGUGCUGAAUGGGGCACCCUUCAUUUCACUGGCCCGACCAAUACCAACUACGAGUCUGGAGAGGCCGGACAAGUACGACAAAGAUUCGCCAGCAAUGGUGUACUAGGGAACGAGAAUGAUAAGGACUUCCGAGCCAUUCGGGACCGCUCCCCCGUCUUUGCCUUUUCCAAGUCAUUCAGUCUCGGUCGGUCAUCGAAGCAGACAUUUGAUAGCGUCACAUUUACGAUCGCUCUGAUUCAAAUCCCCGUUGUUCAAUAUGCAUCAGCUCGCGGAUUGACUCUCAUGCGACCCCUUUGGGAGUCCUGGUUCCCAACUACCGAGGAGCUACUAAGUUUCCAUUAUAAUGAUCACGCUGCAGCUGGCUCCCUAGCAGCUAACUAUUCCCAGCAAGUGGCCGAUGAUGCAUAUCUAUCUGGUGCUGAUGACUACGUUGAAAUUGUUGCUCUCAGCGCGCGACAAGUCAUGGGUGCUACCACUUUCUCUGGCACACCGGAUAAUCCCAUCCUAUUCUUGAAGGAGAUUUCAUCUAAUGGAAAUUUCCAAACCAUUGAUGUCAUCUUCCCGGCAUUCCCUUUCUUCUUAUACACCAACCCGCGCUGGUUGGCAUACCUUUUGGAGCCAUUAAUCGAACAUAUGUUGAGUGGUCAAUACCCUAACAGCUAUGCUAUGCAUGACUUGGGUGCACACUUCCCUAAUGCUACCGGUCAUCCGGAUGGCAGAGAUGAGUACAUGCCUGUGGAAGAGUGCGGUAACAUCCUGAUCAUGGGUCUCGCGAUUGCAAACUCGCUUCAAUACGAGGAGGCGUCUGAGGCUGCGUCCAUGUGGUCUACCCAAGGCUACACCUCUUCGGGCUACGAUACCGAAGACGCCGGUAUUUUCCCUCUGAACGACCUCCAGGUACUUUCUGGUAUUGCGCACCAGGAUGGUAAAUGGGGCGGUGGCCGCGAGGGUAAGAAGCUUGCCGAGAGAUGGGUCGAGAGAAGUUACACUCUUUGGAAGCAAUGGACUGGGUAUCUGGUGGAAUUUUCCUUGGAGCCUGCCAAUCAGCUUUCUACCGACGACUUUGCAGGCUGGCUAGCGCUGCAAACCAAUCUCGCCUUGAAGGGCAUCGUUGGUAUUAACGCGAUGAGCAAGCUUGCUGAGCUCACUGGACACAAAUCUGAUGCGUCACACUUCAAGGGUAUCGCCGAUAAAUACAUUGCCAAGUGGGAAGAACUCGGGAUGUCUCGCGACGGCACACAUGCGAAGGUAGCCUACGACUGGUACGGUUCUUGGACCACGAUAUACAAUCUCUACGCAGACGCCCAGCUUUGCUUCCACUUGGACGGAACUGACGAUCCAUCGAGCAAAUCAUCUGGUUUUGUCCCUCGCCACAUUUACCAGAAGCAGUCACUGUGGUACCACUACGUUCGACAGAAAUAUGGACUCCCUCUUGACAGUCGACACUUGUACACGAAGACCGACUGGGAGUUCUUCUCAAUGGCAGUAGCUUCAAAGCCUGUUCGCUCCGAGAUUUUGGAAUCUGUUGCCCGUUGGAUCAACGAGACUGUUACGGAUCGUCCGUUCACGGAUCUUCAUCAGACAGAGGGAGAUGGCAACUUCCCUGGUCCUCACUUCUUUGCUCGGCCUGUUAUUGGAGGCCAUUUCGCGUUCUUGGCUCUAGAGCGUGCAUGUGGGGGUCGAGCUAUGACCGGAUUAUCGUUCUUGGAUGAGGUGGAUGACGAGACUAUGAAGACUUGGUCGAUCAAUGCUGAGACUGCAGCGGCCGAACUUGCUACUACUUGGAAGCAGCAUCACGGUGCAGAUGCGGAGCUGUAG